UGAUACUGGAUUAGUGCGACCGUCUUAGUUCUUGGCUCCUGGUGAUCUGCUGGGUAUUGCCAUCAGCGUGAACCUCUGAACCCGGGCCUUUGUAGUACGCCAUCCGUUGCCUGAAGAAUGACAUCGUAGAAGCCAACUCGAUCGCUUUGCUGGUCAAGUCAAAAAAUCCAAAUGUCGUAUUCCUGCGGCUCUCGACGGACUGACAACCUGCCGUAGUUUUUCAUAUGACUUGAAGAAGGAAAACAGUCGUCCUUUUCAUGCCAACGAACCAAUUACUAAGAGACUUCCGAUAUCUCGGAGUUGCUUAGUCCGCUGCCGUUAUAGCAUUACAGUAUAGUCCGCACUGCGCGAGCCAGUGACAAAGGAUUUCCAUGUCGUCGGCCAAUCAUUCAAUCAUCCCGACCGCCCUGUAUAUGAUUUAUAAACAGCUAAGUGCUCGACAUCUACCUCCCGGGGCCUUUUCUUGUUGCAUUUAUUCAUCUCAGCACCAUGGGUUUCUUCUCAAAGUCAUUCGACCCAAUCACUGACCUCCCAGACUUGUCUGGUAAAGUCAUCCUUAUCACAGGCGGAAAUGCAGGUAUCGGAUACUCAACUGUGAAGCACUUGGCACGUCGUGGUGCUAAGGUGUACAUGGCUGCACGCAACCAAUCCAAGGCAGAGGAGGCGAUCGCGCAACUAAAAGCAGAGGGGUUGGGUCCUGGGAACGGUGAUGUUAUCUGGUUGGAACUUGAUUUGAAGGACCCUCGGAAUGCGAAGAAAGCGGGAGAGAGAUUUAUGAAGCAGGAGAAGAGAUUGGAUGUUUUGAUUCACAAUGCUGCGGUGUUCGUUGAGAAUUAUACCAUGACACCGGAUGGAGUUCAGGAGAUAGUGAUGGUCAACGUAAUAAGUCAUAUCGUCCUGACACGCACCCUUCAACCGCUGCUGGACCAGACAGCAGCAGAACCAAAUUCAGACGUCCGCAUAGUUGUCGUCGCUUCAGAUGGCCACCGGGCCGUAUCAGGGAAACCUCGUUUCCGCAACCUUGAUGAUCUUAACAACGAGCUCAAGAGUUCGCUUCACCCCGGCUUCGCGCGGUAUUGCAUGACGAAACUCAUGAAUAUACUCUACACUUUUGAACUUCAACGACACCUCACCGCUGUUGGCUCUCCCAUCACCGUCAUUGCCGUUCACCCUGGAGCAGUCGACACCUGGUCCGAUAGACCGUCCCUAUCUAACUUCAAGUUCAUCAUCAAGCCUAUCGUCUCUCUCUUCCUUUUAAAGCCAGACCAGGGUGCAUAUACCUCGGCGUUUGCAGCUGCGUCCGAAGAAGUGGCCAAGCAGCGCGAGAAGUACAAAGGCACGUAUUUGACGCCGGUAGGCAAGCUAACAGAGCCGACGAAGGUGGCAAAGGAUGAGGGACUUGCAAAGGAGCUUUUGAAUACUGUGGAUAAGUUUUUGGAGGAGAAGGGGAUUUGAUGGAUGUUUUGUUUUAUUGAUGAGCUGAGAUUGAUGCAUGACGGACAGAUGUACCUCCAAGAGGUAUUGGAUGGAACAAAUAUGCCUGUUGAUACGUUAUCAUGUACAUUUGCAUGGCGCUGGUGCCCAUCCAGGCUGUGCGGUCUUCCUCUUCUUCUGUUUAGUACACCAUUAAUUGCAUCGUGUCUUACGUCUCACUGUAUGUCAUUCCUACACAAUUGAUUUAUUGGCCCUUA